GCAAAAAUACAAGAUAAGGUACUCCUAAAUAAAUUCAUCCACACAUAAGUACACACACAGGCUGGUAUGGAGAACUCGAAUAUGGAGGGAGGAAAGUUAGAAUUGUUUGAAGUUGGGCCUUAUGAAGAUGCCUACCAUAUGGGUUUUUUGAUAGGACAGAGGUUCUCCAAGCAGAUAAAGAGUAGGUUGGCCACAGACCAAAUUCUUCAACAGCAACUUCUCCCUUUUGCCCAAACCCCAAAAUCGAAGCCACUCAUUGAAGCUCUGUCCACCGCGAACCGGAACAAGUUUCCGAGGUAUUGGGAUGAACUCUUGGGGACUGCAUAUGGAAGCAAUGUGCCCAUUCUUGAUUUAAUAUUACUCAACUUCAGGAAGGAGAUACUGCCAUUUAUUCCCAAGAAAACCAUAAAUUCAAGUGGUGUUGCUUCAGAUGACUGUUCUGAUGUUCUUGUUGUUAGCGAUUCGAUGGCCAUUGCAGCUCAUAAUGAGGAUGCUAAUGUUGCUCUAGUCGGUCACACCUAUCUGAUCAGGGCAACUCUGUGGAAUGGACUAUCUUUCACUGCUUACACAUAUGCAGGAGAGCUCCCCAGCUGUGCAUUUGGUUUUAACAACCAUGGACUGGCAUUUACAUUGAAUUCAGUACCUCCAUCUGAGGAAGAGAUUGUGGCUGGUGCCAUUGGGCGGAAUUUCGUUUCCAGAGACUUGCUUGAAGCAACAAGCAUUGAUGAUGCAUUAACGAGAAUUCGUUCAUCAGAGGCUUCUAUUGGACACAGUUAUAAUCUGAUUGACAUUAGUACUCGUAGGAUUGUGAACGUUGAAACUGCAUCAAAAGGCCGAGUUUCUGUUCGUGAGGUUGGGGCAACACCAUUCUUCCAUGCCAACAUGUAUCUUCAUCUUCAAGUUCAUCAGGCACACGACGAGAACUCAAUAAGCAGGCAAAAAAGAGCAGCUUUGCUACCAAAAAACUCCAGAAAUGAUUUCCUCUCAGUUCUUGGAGACAUAGAUGAUGCAAAAUACCCCAUCUACAUGACAGGUCCAGUACUAUACACCUUAUGUACAGCAGUGAUUGAUUUGGAUGAACAAACAUUGUCAAUUAUCGAAGGAAACCCCAAAGGAGGAGGAGAAGUCUCUCAUGUCUUCUCAAUGCUUUCAGAAGAGUUCAAGAUGCCACAAUAAAAUAGCAUUCAAUAGCCUUCUGGUUGUUGUUAAAGAAGAUUGAAGGGUUCAUCUGACCCUUCUCAAGCUCUAGUGCACGAUGAUUUCGUCAUUAGUAGUUUGAGAAUGGUAAGAUGUAUACAUCCUCACCUCUGAAUGGAGAGAUUGUUUCCGAUUUCAAAUUCGUGACAGUAAGUCACAAUAGGGCAACCUUGGAAACAUUUGUCAUUUAAACUCGUAAAAUAAGGCAUUUUUUUUCUUUAGAAGGAGACUGAAUUCAUGAGAAUAUAGUGUACCAAUACAUUGCAUAACCACUUCCAUAUCAAGUUGCAUAAAGAAAUGAAGUGAAUGACAUACUAAAGUGAAUAUCAGAAAGAUAAAGAACUCAUAACUAUACUAUAAGGAAGAAUGAUGAAGUAGAAGCUAAAUUGAGAAUUAUAUUAAAGCAUUUGACAAUCACAAGUUGUAGAGAGAACUGGAAUAUUAUUAUUUGUGUAAAUCUGCUCCUCCAGUACAUCUUAUACUAGUAAAAAAUUUGAAAAACAAUCCAAUUUGGUACUAUCUCUAAAAAAAACAGAAGGAAAAAAAAAAAAAACAAAGAAUAAAA